CAUGCGAUGAGCAUCUGCGGUGCAGCACUUUCUGGCCCAGUUUGCCAGCUAAAUGACGGGGAGUGAGGAGGACUCUCCUGCCGCUCGCGUGCGUAAGAUCCGCAAGGUGAGCCGCGCCUGCGACGCCUGCAAGGCCAAGAAAAAGGCCUGUACCGGCACCAUCCCUUGCGGUCCUUGCGCCCGCCGCCAGCUGUCAUGUACCUACGACACAGCCUACAAUCGGGGCGUCGCAAUCAGUCCUCCGCCUUCUUCAUCUCGGACGAGGGGCCAUCCGACACCGAAAAAUCAGCUACAGUCAUCCCCAACCAUCGCUCGGUCCGCCAUCUCAGAUCGAGCUCCAAGUCCGCCGAUCGCUAGGAGGACCCCUCAGUCGGGCCUCAUCAAUGCAUCCGAAGAGAGAGGCUCAGUGGACGUGCCCGGUCAAUACUGGGGCCCUAGCUCUGCCCAUUCGUUCUUGGGGCAAGUCGUACAGGACCUGCGAACCACUCCUUCAAAAUCCAUUCCCCUUUCGCGGGAGGCCGAUGCCCCUUCAACGGUCUCUAUUUUUUCGUACGGCGAUCGUGUCCUGCCGGAGGUCCAGCUGACGAGUUUUGCCUGGCCUGACCGGGAAAAGGCUCAGAGCUUGAUUCGCCGAUAUUUCGAGUUUGCAGCCCCUACCUACCGGGUCCUGCAUCAGCCCACAGUCCAAACGCUGCUACAUCGCCUGUACUCCGAAACACCCCAGGGUGACAGAGCGGGGGUCGGCAACAAACUUGGUGUAGCAUCCCAGGCAAUCAUACUGCUGCUCUUGAGUACGGCAAGCAUGUUUCGGGUCGACGAGGAAGGGCGGAUGAGAGAUGCGGACGCGGAUGGCUGGCAGAGGAGCGAGCUCUACUAUGCGCAGGCCGACCAUCUGCUGUCGCUCGAGAUGGGUGCCCCCAGUCUAGCCUCCGUCCAAGCCCGGUUUCUCAUGGUGCUCUAUCUGCUGAGCUCCUCCCGAGCACAAAAGGCUUGGUUUACUUUCGGAACAGCAGUCCAGCUGAUGAUGGCGCUCGGUCUACACAGCAGUCGAGCGAGAAUAAACCAUGACAAGGAUGAGGACCUGGUGCAGAGGGAGUGCCAACGGCGUCUCGUCUGGUGCUCUUAUACCCUGGACAAAUAUAUGAGCGUCAUUCUGGGUCGCCCGCGACUUUGGAAAGAUGAAGAUUUGACCGAAGUCCUCCCGACACGCAUCAAUGACGACGAUCUGACAAGACAGGAGAGACGACUUUCGAAGCGUGACUGCGUGAUGGAUGCCCCGGUUUUCCAUGCCGUGUUGGCCCAGAUUCUCACCCAAGCGGCCAAAGAAGCCUACGUCCUUACCGGGCUAUCCAGCCGAGAGCAGAUCGAGACUAUCAGGACUCUAUGCGAGAGGGUCGCGGACUGGCAGGCAGAACUGCCCCCGUUCCUAUCGGGAGUCAUUCAGCCCAGCAGCUUGGUGCCUGUGUUUCGGCGCCAGCUUACUGUUCUGCAGCUGGCGCGGCAUCAUGCCCUGAUGUUCAUCACCCGCCCCCUGUUGCUGCGAGACUACGGGCAUAUGUGGCCUGAACACCAAGCCAGCUACCAACAUCAUCUCCUUCUUUGUCUCACUGCGGCACAAGACGCGAUCGAGAUUAUUCUGGGAUUUGUGCGCGACGACGAAUUGUUCCCGGCCUUCUGGUAUUCUCAGUACAUUGCAUUCAAUGCUCUAUCGGUUAUUUACCUCUAUCUGAUCCAGGUCAGGCGGGGCCGUCUGCCCUCUGUGAGUCCAGACAUUGUCUCGAACCCUGAUGGCGUUUCAGAUCUAGAUUUGAGUGAAUAUUCGUUGUACAGAAAGUCCGAAGCGGCUCUGAGCCACCUUGCUGAUGCGACGGCUCGAAAUGCACCUUCUUGGAAAUACAAUGUCGUUCUGCAGGGUCUCCGAAGCGAACUGGCUAGGCUAGGGUUCCCAACGCUAAACCCGGUUGUGGAUGCGAUCGAUUCACACCAUAUGCCCUCCGAACCAACACAUCGGGGGGUUGCACAAGUGCUCGAGGUCAGUGGUCGUGACCAGCAUGGGGGAGGGGUAGCAAUCGGGGACUAUGCAUCGGAUUCCAAUGUACUGCCAACUAUGCUCACAGGCUUGGAUGCUUCUGUCGACCCAACCCUACUCGAUCCACGGACCCAGUCUCUUCUGGAUAAUUUCGUCAUUGGCGAAGACCUGAUACCAGACUUCUGGCCACAGCUAGAUAGCUUGCCUAUCACAUAUCCAGGAUAAUAGAUGUCUUGAGACGUGGAACGCACAAAAGAGAUCCCAGCGAAGUAAGCCUUCUACAACUACACCGUGGAAAUCAUGUUUCUUCGGAUGUAUUACAGUACUGGACAAAGACUAC